AGCAAAGAUUUGGAUAACUCUAAUAUCUUGCUUGAUUUGGUAUAAUAAAUAAGAUAACUAGUACAUAAUUAUAGAUGACGAGUUAAUCUUCCCCACCUAAAAUUCUACCCGGAUAUAUCUCUGUUUUUUUUUUCAUUCCAAUAAAAACUUAUUAACAAAAUAACAAUUUCAACCUCAAAAUAAAUACCUCCACCAUAAAUUACUCACAAACGGUUAAACUUAACACUAUUUUCAGCUCUCUUAAACUUUUGGUUUAUUUUGUCAUCCACAGAUCAGCUAAUUUUGCCGGUAUUUUUGUCUCUGGUUUCUUCAACUCGUUUCUGCUUUCAGGGGAAAAAAAUGGAUUCAAAGGGGAAAGAAAUGGAUUUAAAGAGCAAUGCUGGUAAUGUGAGUGUUGCUGCAGUAGUUGAGAAUUCUUCUGAUAAGCCUGCUGAAGAAUCUAGUGGCACCCAGAAGGAUUCUCCUUCAAAUGUGACGGAUUUGGGUUCGGGCUCGGGCUCGGGUUCAAAGAGCAAUGAAGGUGGUGAUGUAAGUGGUGUUACAGUAGUUGAGAAUUCUUCUGAUAAGCCUGCUGAAGAAUCUGAUGGCACCCAGAAGGGUUCUCCUUUGAAUGUGAUGGGUUCGGGCUUGGAUUCGGGUUCGGGUUCAAAGAGCAAUGAAGGUGGUGGUGUAAGUGGUGUUACAGUGACUGAGAAUUCUUCUGGUAAGCCUGCUGAAGAAUCUAAUGGCACCCAGAAGAGUUCUCCCUCGAAUGUGACGGGUUCGGGCUUGGGUUUGGGUUUGGGUUCAAAGAGCAAUGAAGGUGGUGGUGUUACAAUGACUGAGAAUUCUUCUGGUAAGCCUGCUGAAGAAACUAGUGGCACCCAGAAGGGUUCUCCUUCGAAUGUGACGGGUUCGGGCUCGGGUUUGGGUUUGGGUUUGGGUUCAAAGAGCAAUGAAGGUGGUGGUGUUACAGUGACUGAGAAUUCUUCUGGUAAGCCUGCUGAAGAAACUAGUGGCAUCCAGAAGGGUUCUCCUUCGAAUGUGACGGGUACGGGCUCGGGUUCGGGUUUGGGUUCAAAGAGCAAUGAAGGUGGUGGUGUUACAUUUGUUGAGAAUUCUUCUGGUAAGCCUGCUGAAGAAUCUAAUGGCAACAACCAGAAACGCUCACUUUCGAGUGCAAAUAAUUUGGGGAAUUCGAGUGCAAAGAAUUUGGGGAAUUCGAGUGCAAAAAAUAUGGGGAAUUUGAGUGCAAAGAAUUUGGGGAAUAUGAGUGCAAAAAACAUGAUGUUUAGGGCUGAUAUGAUUGAUUUCAAGAAUUUGGACAUCCAAUUGGAUAAAAGUAUGAGCAAGACUAUGGCACGAGAACGUAAUGCUAAUGCUAAUGCUAAUGCUAAUGCUAAUGCUAAUGCUAAAGCUAAUGCUAAUGCUAAUGCUAAUGCUAAUGCUAAUGGUAAUGGUAAUGGUAAUGGUAAUGGUAAUGGUAAUGCUAAUUCUAUUGCUAAUGCUAAUGCAUUUGAAGAGUGGGAAAUCGAUUUGGAAAAACUCGAUUUGAAGAGUACUAUUGACCGUGGCGCUUUUGGUACCGUCUACAAGGGUGUUUAUGAUGGAAAGGAGGUUGCAGUGAAAGUUUUGAAUUGGGAAGGUAUGGCCCCAUCUGAAGCUUAUGCUGUUCGGGAUUCAUUUGAGAAAGAAGUUGCUGUUUGGCAUAAACUUGACCAUCCUAAUAUUACACAGUUCAUUGGAGCUUCAAUGGGAGCCUCGAAUCUUACAUUUCCUACUCACAGUACUAGUGGUGAAUUGUACAAAUCUCUUUCUUCUCGUACAUGUUGUGUUGUUCUCGAGUAUCUUCCCGGGGGACACCUUAAAAACUACUUAGUUAAAAAUUAUCGAAAAAAACUUGGAAUCAAAGUUGUCAUGCAACUCGUCUUGGACCUUGCUAGAGGGUUAAGUUACCUUCAUUCCAAAAAGAUUGUACAUCGUGAUGUUAAAACUGAAAAUGUGCUACUAGAUUCUCAUUCGAGAUUGAAGAUUGCGGACUUUGGUGUUGCCCGAGUUGAAGCACAAAACCCGUCAGAUAUGACCGGAGAAACGGGUACUAUUAGUUACAUGGCACCGGAGGUCAUUCAGAACAAGCCGUACACCAAGAAGUGUGACGUAUAUAGUUUUGCAAUAUGCUUGUGGGAAACUUAUUGUUGUGAUAUGCCUUACCCUAAUAUGAGCUUUGUUGAGAUAUCUUAUGGAGUGGUUCAUCUGGGCUUGCGUCCAGAAAUGCCGAGAUGUUGUCCACCUGCAUUAGCGAGCAUCAUGCGCAAAUGUUGGGAUGGUAACCCAAAGAAACGCCCCGAGAUGGAAGAGGUAGUGAGGUUGUUGGAAGCAAUUGAUACGAGUAAAGGCGGUGGGAUGGUACGGAUGUUCGAUGAUCACGCUAGUCAAAGUUGUUUCUGUUUUGGCCGUGGCUCGUAAUUCUUAAUUUUGGUUCGAUCUGUACAUGGUAAAGAUAUUUUCUUGGUACGUGGAUGUUUAUUUAUAGGAUUUCUUGUGUAUUUUUAUAGGAUUUCGAUCUUUUGCUAAAUACACACUUUUUGUUGUUGAGUGAAAUGGAUAGAGAUUUUCAAAUGUAAAUACAAAGGGUAUUGUGGUAUUUCACCAUAAGGACGGCAUUUAAUUUGUAAGAAUAAUUAUUUGAGAAAUAUUAUAAUGUGUUGGGGUUGAUUGUACAAA